AUGAAUGUCGCGAACACCAUUGCACAGCUACUGCACCCUUCACCACCAGAACUGAGCCGAGUCCUUGAGGUGGUAGACUCGACUGAAGAUGUCAUUGCACAGCUGGCUGUCCUCUCAGAUGACCAAUUGGUCAACGAUACCCAAUUGCACCUCGCAUUCCUCCACCAGCCGGACACCUUGAUACGCCUUUUGGAACUAAAGGACUUGUACGUCCAAUUCGCAGCCUACAGACUUGCCAAAGCGAUCCUCCUCAACCACGACAUCUAUACUUUCGACAGGACAUUAACAUCACAAUCACAAUCGCAGAGGCUUCAAGACAACCGACAGCGAGUUAUCCGGACUUUGGUUCAAAAACUCAUCAAUGUUGACGAUCGGGGGUGUUCAGGAACCGCGAGGGCAAUCCUGGAACUCUUUCAUGGACUCUUGAAGGAUCACCGACAUUUGGUCCGCAAUGCCGAGCAUCACGGCGCUGACAUUGAUGACGGCAAUGACGACAAUCCAUCAUCAUCCUCAGUAGACGCAGGGAUGGCUGCGAUAUCUCAACACGUCGCAGUAACCAUUGUGGGGGAACUGGCGACUUCUGAGUUUUGGGAGGCGACCGUCCUGGACCGAAUCCUGGGUCUUCGGGAGAUGCAGUAUCCAGCACUGGUCCUCUUUAUCGAUCUCGAGAAGGCGCGAGUUCCUAUGGAUGUUGUUACUGGAGUGAGCGACGAGUUCGAGAGUUCUGUGAUAACGUGUCAUUACAACCUCAUUCGUUACUUGGACGAGUGGAUGAGCAGUGACAGAAUAGGAUCCCUGCCACUCAAGAAACAUCUGGAACUGAUCUGCAUAUCCAUGAAACCCUCCUCACUUCCAUCUCAAACCUCAUCAGGGCAACAACACCGACUUGAAUGGUCUGUGGAUCGGGAAAUCGAUAUGAAGCGGCCAUUGGAGGUUCUCACGGCUUUGUCGCCCAUUGUACAGGAUGUACUCUGGGCUUUUCGGGACCUGGAUCCAGAGCUGGAUGAGUUUUCUUCAGGCAAGACGACCUUUAUUCUCUCUGGCGACAACCUCGUCCGCGACUCUUCUCCAGCCACGGUUUCGAGUAAUGCCCGGAUCAAGGCGUUCAUCUCGAACCCGGAGGCUGUCCGUCAACUCGGUCGGAUCUGCCUUACAGCGACGCUCUCGAUCCUCGACACUUUGUCCUCGCCCUCUACUUCAACCGUCAACAACAACGUUAUCGGCGACUGCUACGGAAAGAUCAUGGAACUGACCGACAAGUACCUGACACCAUUCCUGGAAGAAUGGGUCGGGGAGAGGACACUCCUGCUGCUGCUCACAGUCUAUGGCGAGGACGACGCAGAAACCAUCGGGUUCGACUACCAAACCUUCCUCGACUUGCUAUUGACACUGGACGACCCACAUGAGUCUGGUGGAAUGCUCGCGGCCGUGAUGGCGAUCCUCCGAUCCUUUACGGAAGAUUUUUCAGAUCAGGAGCGGGUGCUUUGUCGGUGGCGGCUGGAGAUUCUGGACGACCAACAAGUACAGUUACGCCAACUGGAACAACAUGCCUCGGACAGCAAAAGUGACACGGAUAUUGUUGACAACGACAAACGUCAACUACAACAGCCACAGCCAGAGACACGACUUGGGUUACUCGAUAACGUCCAUCACUGUCUGGACCAAUUGUCUCAUCAGAUCCAACGACUCUUCAAGAACAAUCUUUUCCCAUAUAACCCUAGACCCCUACUCCAUGUCCUAGAGGUUACCCAGGACAUGCUUUUCACAGUUUUGACAGACUCUUCAGUAGAAUAA